UGGAUUAAGAUUUUGUGUGUGUUUGCUCCAAGAAAAUGACAGUUCACAAUUUAUAUAUUUUUUCUCGAACUGGCGUAUUAUUGUACUAUACGGAAUGGAAUCGAUUAAAUAAAUCAGGAAUCACAAAAGAGGAGGAGGCGAAACUGAUGUACGGAAUGCUAUUUUCUAUAAAGUCUUUUGUCAGCAAAAUAUCUCCUUUAGAUCCAAAGGAAGGAUUUCUUUACUACAAGACUAGCAAAUACAAUCUGAAUUAUUUUGAAACUCCUUCUGGAUUAAAAUUUGUUCUCAACACGGACACUGCUGCUCAAAAUGUUCGAGAAUUAUUACAACAAUUGUACAGCCAGGUUUACGUGGAAUAUGUUGUCAAAAAUCCACUUUGUCAACUUAACGAAUCAAUCCAAAGUGAAUUAUUUAAAACAAAAGUUGAUGAACUGAUUAAAAAAUCUCCUAUAUUUUUAAGUAGACCCUUAUAAUUAUUUUAGUAAAUAAAUUUAAUGAAAUAUGUUAUUUUUAUA